GAGGUUUUCAGUCUUAUUUACUUACUUAUUUGUUUAGAUUUUUAGAAGUGUGCCAUUGCAUACCGGCAUGUGCACAAUAGCAACCUUUCGCUUGUCAACAAAACAGGAAGUAGGCCAAGGUUUAUUGUGGACCGUGUUGAUUUAGCAUCAUAUGCUAAAGUCCAGAGAAAGCUCAUGGUUAAAAAAAAAAGAACACCGGGGAGGAGACAGCUGUGAAACAUCAGUGAGUUACCGACAUGAGCGGGAAGCAAGACGUCAGUUUUGACCCAAAAGAGCACCAGCACUUGCGUUACAACCCUCUUAGGGACAGCUGGGUUCUUGUGUCCGCCCACCGCAUGAAGAGACCUUGGGCAGGUCAAGUUGAAAGACCACCUGAGGAGCACAUACCAAGAUAUGACCCAAAUAACCCACUCUGUCCUGGGAACAAAAGGGCAAAUGGAGAGGGGAAUCCAGAUUAUGACAGUACCUUUGUGUUUGAGAAUGACUUCCCCGCUCUUCAGCCUGACGCUCCAGACCCUGGUUCAGACCAAGAUCCAUUAUUUCAGUCUAAAGCUGCAAGGGGUGUCUGUAAGGUCAUGUGUUUCCAUCCCUGGUCGGACGUCACGCUCCCUCUCAUGAAAAAAGAAGAGGUUGUAAAGGUGGUAGACAAGUGGGUGGAGCUUGUUGAAGAACUAGGCACUAUUUACCCAUGGGUUCAGAUCUUCGAGAAUAAGGGUGCUAUGAUGGGUUGUUCAAAUCCACAUCCUCACUGCCAGGUGUGGGCCAGCAACUUUCUUCCUAAUGAGCCGGCCCUGUCAGACCGCUGUCAGAGAGCAUACUAUCAGAAACACGGAGAGCCAAUGCUGCUGCAAUAUGCCAAACGGGAGGCUGAGAAAAAGGAACGUGUUGUGGUGGAGAGUUCUGAUUGGCUGGCAGUGGUUCCAUAUUGGGCAACUUGGCCCUAUCAGACAUUGUUGUUGCCAAGACGACAUGUCCUCCGAAUCAGUGACUUGACAACAGAGGAAAGAGAGGGUCUGGCUGCCAUUAUGAAGCAACUACUGACCAAAUAUGACAAUCUGUUCGAAGUCUCUUUUCCAUACUCCAUGGGCUGGCAUGGAGCGCCUACUGGCCCAUAUUUAAAAGAAGAAAACUCCCACUGGCAGCUUCAUGCUCACUACUACCCACCUCUGCUGCGUUCAGCAACAGUUAAGAAGUUUAUGGUGGGUUAUGAGAUGCUCGCCCAGGAGCAAAGAGAUCUCACCCCUGAACAGGCUGCCGAGAAGCUAAGAAACCUGCCAGAUGAGCACUAUAAAACCAGAUAGAUCCAUGAAAACCAGAGCAAGAAAGGCAUUGAAUUGUAACAAACUGUGUGAAGGUUGGAAGACGUGUAUUUAAAAGAUUUGUUAUUUUAAAAAAACAAAACGCAUUUGCAAGAGACAAAAACCUCGUCUCAGAGUUACAUGUUUAAGUACCAUUUCUGACACAGGGCCGAAAGCUUUUUCUACUUGCACCGAUCAAAGGAAUAUGUGAAUAUUUUCUAUUUUCAGUACACAUGUACAAUAUUUGGUACUGGAUUUUUGACUGUAAUA